AACCCAGUAACACGGUCUACGUGCAAAAGUCCACAAGAACCCUAGACUCGACCCUCCCUCUCCUAAAACCUCACUCACAUCCCAAAAAAAUCCCAUCUUUUUUGGUACAUCAAUGGCCUCCGUCGCCACCGGCGGUCGAUUCAAAGAGCUCCUGAAGAAGUACGGCAAGGUCGCACUGGGGGUCCAUUUCUCAGUCUCAGCUGCCUCGAUCACAGGCCUCUAUGUCGCCAUCAAGAACAACGUCGACGUCGAAUCGCUGCUCGCCAAGGUUCACAUGGGGAGCGUGUCCUCCAAAGACGAAACCCCCCAAAACCCACCUGUAAUCUCUGAUGGGUCGGUGUUUCGGGACGGACCGACAUCGGGAAACGGGCAAUCGACGGCUGUGGUUGUGGAGAAAGAGAGGAAUCGGACGGCUGAGCUCGCGGCUUCGACUGGUGGGGCUCUGGCAUUGGCUUUGCUCUGCAACAAGGCUCUGUUUCCGAUUCGGGUUCCCAUCACUCUGGCGCUUACUCCUCCUGUGUCUAGGUUUUUGGCGCGAAGAAAGUUCAUCAAGACCGGCGGUCUAUGAACGUCUUUGCCUGGAGAAGGAGCAAAGGAACUAUAAUAAUCGUGGAAGUUAUAGUAAUUACCAACAACAGUAUCACGUGGAAUCCUAAAGUUUGCACAAAGUAGUGAAGGUGGAUUCAGUUUAAGCAUUGCAGGAGAGAGCGGCGAUCGCUACCGUAGCAAAUCGGUGAGAGGAGAAUUUUAGUAUUGUUAUUGUUAUUAUGUCAAUCAGAUGGGUUCUCCAAUCCCACUCUUCUAUUCGGAUCUGAAUCUGUGAGCUUAUACUCUUCUUUUUCUUACUAAUAAUGUACGUGUUGUAUUGAUGGAUUUUAUGCAAAUCUCAUCAUUUAAGUUAUGUUGAUUAGCUUGAACAGGAUUGUUCGGUUCA